CCUGCAGGCAGCGCGCGGGACGCCCCAAGAGGCGAGGACCCCACCGAGCAACAUGGCGGCCCGCAGCGGGAGCGCGGCGCGGUUUGAAUGAGGGAAGCGUGAAGAGGCCGGAACCUCACCUCGUCUAUCUCCUCUCUUAACGCCUCUUUGUCUCUCUACCACCUCGUCUCUCUACCCCUCGCCUCUACCUCCUCGUCUCUGCGCCUCCUCGUCUCUCUACCACCUCGUCUCGUCUCACAUCGUCCAUCCACGUCGUCCUCAACCAUCACCCCGUCCCGACACACCUCGUCUUGGACUAGUACUCCUCACCCACCUCGUGUAUCCACUCACCUCGUCUCUCUACCCCUCGCCUCUACCUCCUCGUCUCUACGCCUCCUCGUCUCUCUACCACCUCGUCUCUACCACCUCGUCUCCCCACGUCGUCCUCAACCAUCACCUCGUCUUGGACGAGUACUCCUCACCCACCUCGUGUAUCCACUCACCUCGUCGCCACACCUCUUCCUGUAUCCACCUCGUCGCUACGCUCACUCUACCUCGCCUCUUCGUUUCUCUUCCCCCGCCACAUCCUCGUUUCUUAAUCUCGUCUGAAAAUUCUACGUUGUACCCGACCCCCCUUCUUCUCCACACACCUCGUCCUGCCCUCACCUCGUCUAUACCAACUCGUCGCUUCCCCACCUCGUCUCGUCCACUCGUCACGUCUCGCCGCCGCGAUGGGUGCCACGAAGCACUGGUUUUUGCAGAGGGAGCUCCGCUGGCGUGUGGCGGCCGCGGUGGCGUGGGCCGUACUGAUGCUGCCCGCGUUCACCGCCGCCUACCUGGCCCUCGCCCGCCUCGACCCCCUCCACCCCCUGCUCUGGGUCGCCGACACCCUGAGUGAGCUCGCCAGCUCCCACGUCCUAUUCACCUUGACGCUGCUGUCGCUAAUGCUGCUGCUGGUGUCGGCGUUCGACUCGAGGAAUUACACGGUGGUGGCGCUGGUGCCGUGCACGCCGCUGGGCGCGCUCGCCGGUGCCGUGAGUCCUCACCGCGUGCUGCACUGCGCCGCACACACUGUGGCCGGCCUGCUCGCCGCGUGGUGCGCCGUCCUCACCGCUGGUGGCGCCUACCGGGCGCCGAGCAUCACGUGCGGCGCGCAGCACAGCCCUGUUGGCGAGUGCCUGAGCGAGCGACACCUCUUCGUGCUGCUCUUUGGGGGCUUCGUGGGCGCCACCUACAGCUUCCUCUACUUCCACAGCCACAUGUACUACGUACCGUUCCCCGCCAUACAGAUGUACAAGUACCGGCGAUUCCGAGCGCUGCUGCCACGCAUCCUUACCCACAGCGCCGCCCAGUCCCUGCGGCUGCUGCGCUACUACUGCCUUCUCUACUUCCUGCUUGGCAAGUGGCCGCGAGGGUGGGUCAUGGCAGCAUUUGACCUCCACCUGGACAGUUCGGUGUCGAGGCUGGACUCUGUGAGCGGCUUGCUGGACGUGCCCCUGCUGUACGAGACGUGGCUGGCCGGGGCCUUCGUGCUGCUCACCUGGUACCUGUCCUGGGCCCUGCUGCGGAUCUUCUCCACCGAGCCCCACGUCUUCUUUGUGGAAAGCAGCUUCCCAGAGGAGGCGGAGAUGUGUCUGCCUGCCGUCCUGGCCUCCAACCCCCCGUCCAUUGUGAAGCAUCUGGCUCUCCAGGACUUGUCCAUUCUGGCCCAAUAUUCUCCCGGUCGACGUCAGCAGAUAUUCAGUCUGAGCCAGCCCGGUGGUCGCCCACACACGUGGACGAUGGUGAGCUCCACGUGCCUCUCCCUGCUCACCGAGCUCGCUCACCGUCUCGUCGCCCGCCAGGAUCUGCCCACCAACCAGCUGUCCAAGGGCGGCCUCCCGGGCCCAGACGCUCCUGACCAAGCCUGCCUCCCCGGUUGCACACCGCUGCACAUGCCGCACGCCGCCAGGAUGCGCCCCCUGGUGCAGCCGCUGCCCCCGAGCGUCGCGGGGAGGCUCGGCCCUGCCCAGGCCCCCUCCACUCCGGCCGACCUGCGCCUCCCGCCAAGCCCGCCGUUCACGCCGGACUUGGGUGGCGCAGACAUGGGAGCCGGUGGUGGCGUCGGUCAAGUAGGAGCGGUGAUGGAGUUGCCGCUCAGGCCGCAGCUGGAUCUGGGCUCGCCCUGGCACGGCGCGGUGCAGAGUCCCCACCUCAUGCGCCGCGGUCCCCGGCUGUGGUCGUCCACGUCGCCCGUGUCGUCUCUGUUGGCGACGCCGCCGCUGCCGUCUCAGUCGCCGCCCCAGCAGAACACCGCAGCUCCUGAUUGGCUGGGACAAAAGUGGGAUCAGGUCAAGAACUACGGCAGCAAAGUUUGGCCAGUGUCAUAUUUCGUGCACAAGCUGCCGGAGUCGUCGAGCCAAGCGCUGUUUGCCGACUGCCAGGCACACAUUUGGGCGCUGGAGGCUCUCUCACAUCUGGUGGCUGCAUCGAUCACCGAGGACAGGUUUGGGGUGGUGCAGACGCGACUCUCGGAGAUCCUGAAUGCCAUGCUGGCCCUGCAAGAUGCCGUUGACCGCCAUUUCAAGCUGCCGCAAGCGCCGAACCGCCCGGCACGACAGGCGCACAGCCUGGUGGACUCGUCGCACAAGAACCUGCGCUUCGCUCUGCGCGCCGCUCUCAAGACGGCGGUCUACCGCGUCGCGUCCACCUUCGGCGAGCACCUCAACUCCGUGCAGGUGGCUCCCGAGUAUCGGCGAAGGCUACAGAUGUUUCUGGACUACAAGGAGUAAGGUGCCUCUGUGCAUCCCACAUUGAGGCGUUGGACCGGCUGUACGGAUAGAGAUUUUUUGACGAUGGUGGAGGUCACUAACGAUGAAUAUAUCACCCCUUCCUGCCCUCCACCCCCCCCACCAUGUCUCACUCACCGACCCCCCCUCCCACUCUGCCGCCCACCCCUCAGAGUGUUGGUCACAGCCAGCAGCUCGAACUGGGCUAUUGAAUUAUUUAAGUCAGUGAUUACUCUACCGAUUGUUGUUUCAAUUUAUCCAGCUAAUCAGAAAGCACAAAAAUAAUUGGUGGGGAAAACACAGUCUCGCCUCUGUGCCCGUGAUGUGUGGGACUUGGUGAUGACCGGUGGGUAUCACCAACCCUGUCACGCUGGCCGUGGAUUGUGGGGUUUCUCGCCUUCAGAAAAGAAAGCUGUUGGGGGGUAAGCUGCCAUUUUUAAAGGAGCCUUGGGUAAUCGACCACGAAAAAAAAGUAGUUGAUUAAAAUGUUUUCGUCGAUUGAGAGCCGUUUGAUUGACGAAUCCGUCCCAAGCCGCCCCCGCGCCAGCAGCUCGCUUGCUGCUGUGCACCACCGCGCCACCUCCUGGUGUGGAUCAAUGUCACCGCCACAGGGCCUUCUCUGAGCCUCACCCACUCGCAGGUGUUGCUUGUUGAGGUACGAUUCUCCUGCUGUUCCUACGAAGUCUGGAACUGGCUUCCCCUAGCGAUCGGUGCUGUCAACUCCCCCACUUCUCUUCAUGUCCAGACCUUAUCUGCCCAUGACUUACUGCCAGUGUCUCAAAUAAAUAUGCCCACGUUCUGUACAGUAUCUCGAGAUGCGGUUGUAUUUAGAAUGCACCCAUGUAUUGCAUAAGCGUGUCUAUAACUCUAUAUAGUUAUUUGUAUGACUUUACGUAAGUACAGGUUCAAGACCUUUUCUUUUAUUUACCUGUGGCUGAACGCCUCUACAUAAUACAUGUCUCUAUAUGGCGUCUUCCAACGCGCUCACAUAUAGAAGCAUUUAAAGCCACAUUGCGUUAUGCUGUAAUGGUCAGGAUAAGUUUUGGCCUGUGUGUUGUACAUCAACCCUACCCAUUCUUUGGUAGGGUUGAUGUAGAGUUAAGCUUGUAUGGUUCAGGUUGGUAGUGUCCGUAGGUCUGUACUUGAUUACUAGGCUUGUGAUGAUUUUGAGAAUAAAAUAUAAUUUCAUCAUGACUCUCACAUCUAAUUCUGCGCGCAGGAAUAGAAUAUGUAAGAUUUAUGCAAGUUCUAACUAGAUGAAUGGAGUGAAUUCGUUCAAAACGCAUUAUUUACAGACAAUGCUCGAUAAUCUGGCCAGAUUUAUGUGGAUUGUACAUUAAUCAUGCUUAUACUCACCUUUGUAUGCAUGGUGGUUUAAUUAGUGCGAAUGAAGUUCAACAUCCAUCCAUACAUGCAUAGUAGCUGCUCCUCACUCAUUGGGGGUCAGCGUCUCAGUGCCUGAGUGACUGCCAACAUGUCAGUCCGUACACUGAUAAUAAAAACAAUUAACAUUCUACAUUUUAUGUCUUACUCCCCCCCCCGCCACAACCUUUCUACAUUGGUAAGCAAUAUAACAUGCUUUCACAGCCUAAUUUACACGCAUCUUGUGCUAUCCGCGGUUUUUGUAUUAUAUGGGGCCACCCAUUCUGGCCGACAACCCCGGAUAUUCGAGAGUUGACUGUAGAAUAAAUGAGACCGACGAUGCAACGUUGACAAGUAAAAGGAAAUUAUUCUCGAAUUGAAUUGUGACCCCCACGUCGUUAUAAUUCAUAUCAUAGAUACGAAUCGUCGCCUGCCGACUGUUAACAGCACAUUCAGAUUUCAAGUAUUAUUUCUAAACGUGUGGAUCCUGUUUGUCGAGUGAGCAUGCUUCCAAACCACUCGUCUGACCUCCAAAAGCCAAGCAGCGUUCAGCCUUGAUAGUGCUUGAAUGGGUGACCACAGGACGUGUUAUAGGCUGCAAGGGUCAUGUGGUGGGCAGCAGAGGGCAGUGGCAGAAAAAUUAAUUGUGCCUUACAGUUGCUGGCGUUACUGUGCGUUCCCAUCUGUUGAUGGCCCUUAAUUUAUCCAGGCAUGGGCCAAUUGAGAUUCAACAUCUCUUUUGCAAUUAGGGCUCUUGGUAACUGUAGCAACCUAGCAGUAGUUGCCUUAUUAUUUUGGGUUUAAUGUAAAACUUGUGUCUUUGGCUGCAACACAGGAAUAACAUGUCUACUCUUUGUAAAGUUGAUGUCACAGGUUUGUGUGAAAUCUCCUUGACAACGAGUGAUGGUGCAAAAAGUUAACAAAUGUCUGCGUAAAUGUACAUAUUUUUUGACUUGUCAGAUUUUUAUAAGCUUUGCAGGGUCCCACCGUGCGAUGCCAUUUUUGGGUGUCGUACAUCCUCCAAUGUCCAUCUAACGAGAGAUGGACACGAGAUGGACACGAGAUGGACAGCGGGAACGGUCAUUCGUAGAGAAAGAUUGAGGGUUCUGCAAUACCGAACUUGUGACAGUAACAGAGCUCAUUGGCCACUUGCAUAAAACACUUAAGUCACGGGUGGCUAACCUUUGAUUUACCGAGGGCUGUUCGAACUUUCAAAUCCCUUUCGUGAGUAACCACACAUUAGUCGAUACUGAAGUUAGAUUAUGCGAGGGCUGUGUACAUUUAAUGUCCUUGGAAAUACUUGAGAGGCAAGAGGUCACGUCGCCAAACAUUAUGAACAGCGCUGGCAGGAGCUUGAUAACGUUUUGCCUUGGACACCCACUUCGUUGUCGUGAAGGUGUUUGCAGUGAUGGUUAAACAAUGUGUUUUUUUGCACGUUUUGAAUCUCAAGGUUUCGUUGGUCCAACGUUCCAUUUUUUUUUUUUUACUGGGACGUGGUCACGGGCGGUAUGAAAAAUGUUUCAUCUCGACAACAGGCCCAUACUUCCCCCUCCAAAUCAUUACUUUGAUUGACAUCUUUAACUGGUUUAGUAGCUAAACUGAGAGGGGAAUUGCACUUACUGUGUUUUAUGCAUGAGGCCACAAUGUUUGAUGGACUUUCAAAAUGAAUAAGCGUGGGACUUUAUAUUCACGUGUUUCACGAGGAAACAUUUGUAUUAAAUGUAUUUCUGUUUAUUGUUGGUCGGUUUUCAAUGCCAAUAUUGUUUCAUUUUAACUCUUUACUCCCACUUUGACUAAUAAACAUUGCUAUAAUGACCAUUGA